UGUGUAUGGAUCCAAUGCCAAGUAGUCACAGAGGCCGUUUUGGCCCUGCCAAUUCCGAUAUUGAUACUUACAAUUGUCAAGAUGAUUGAAUUAUUAGAUUUUUGAUCACAAUUAUAAUCAGACAAAACCAUAAGGUGGAAGUUUAACCAUAUCAAUUAUAAAUGAUAAAUGAUAAAUGGGUUAUACUUGUAUAGCGCUUUUCUACCUUCAAGGUACUCAAAGCGCUUUGACAGUAUUUCCACAUUUACCCAUUCACACACACAUUCACACACUGAUGGCGGGAGCUGCCAUGCAAGGCGCUAACCAGCAGCCAUCAGAGGCAAAGGGUGAAGUGUCUUGCCCAAGGACACAACGGACGUGACAUUAGAAUAUUUUUUCUACUAUUGGCUCCGCUUUAAAUCCUUUGAUUAAAGCCUUCCUGUGUCCAGGGACUUUCCUGAUUUUGUAAACAAUGACAAAAAUGACAAAAGAUCUUUUGAUGGUAAAAAAUGUUUAUUGAAUCCCUGUAGUAUCGACCAUACACUGAAACUAUACUUGUUACUGACAACAUUUUUAUGAAUCCGCCCACUUCUGUUCAUAUUCAACAGCUCACAUACUACUUAAAUCCUCACACACACACACUACUGAAAUCCUCUCACACACACGACUGAAAUCCCCUCAUACACACUGCUGAAAUGUUUUUUCUCCCUCAAAUACUACUGAAAUCCUUUCACACACUCUACUGAAUCAUUUCAUAAAAACUACUGAAAUGUUUUUCUGUCAUAUACACUACUGAAAUCCUCUCACACACUACUGAAAUUAUAUCAUACACACAAUUGAAAUCCUCUCUCUCACACACACACUGCUGAAAUUCUCUCACACACACAACUGAAACUGAGAGCGUUUUAUUCAUGUGUGUGAGAGCAAUCAUUUUUCCGUUGUUAAUUUGAAAGUGUUUCAGUAGUGUGUGAGAGGCUUUCAGUAGUGUACAAUGAAUUGAUUAACGUGGACCCCGAUUUAAAUAAGUUAAAAAACUUAUUCGGGUGUUACCAUUUAGUGGUCAAUUGUACGGAAUAUGUACUGUACUGUGCAAUCUACUAAUAAAAGUCUCAAUCAAUGCCUCUCUUCUGGCCCCUGGAGAGAGCUUGGUGUGAAUGAUGUCCAGGGCCUAACAAAGCAAGGGUGCUCCAACAACUGUGGCGUGUUUGUUUUGAUGGAAAACAUGCUUCAAAUUAGGAGAUGGUGGUGUCUCGCUCUCCUGCAGAACUUCCCCAUGCCGUCUGAAGAAGACCGAUUGCAGGACAGAAAACGGCGACGAGUGCAAGGAGGGCUACAGUGUGCAUCUUGCUACGCGCACAGCAGCGUUCAGCCCCUGCAGAUGUUUGGCAAGGGGCCCAACGGGGGCCACUAUCUGUCCCUUCUCACCUACAGGGGUCCCUGCUGCGCCCCUCGGCCCCGCCUGAUGCCUCGCCAUGCUCCUAACAUGACGCUGCGGCAGAUCUUUCGCAUGCUGAAGCUGCUGAAACAGGUCAGGAAGCGAGAAGCUGCUUCUGCUGCUGUCAGGAAACAGGGUUGUGCUCCUGCGGCACCACGUCGGAGAGGAAAUGCAUCCCCAGCUGUAUCAGGCACAAGCGCAAUGUCAAACGUGCCCGCUGAUCCACCUGCCCUAGUUGGCCACACGUGACCUAUUUAACCUUGUUUUCCUUUUACCUCCAAAAACAGCCCAGUAAUGUACAAAUCAUAUUGGAAAGUCAGGUUUAUUUUCAUUAUGAACACAUUUCAUCCUACAAAAAGGUAUCACGCCCGUGCAGUGAUACACAUCAACCCAAAAAGUUCAAAACUAACUGGAGUAUACAUGAAAUCAACUGACUCAUAAUGAAUAUUAUGACGACAAUAUGUUCAUUUACACGUUUUCAGUCACUUGUUUUGUUUACAAACUAUUUCCACUGCCUUUGAAAAUGUACCAAUAUUCCAAAUAUCCGCAAUUCUGCCGGUUUCUGGAUGAAUUUAUAAGCUAAUAACAAGUGGCAACCAUCUUUGAUAUUUUUGCAUGCAGUGUUGUCUUGGUCGGUCAAGUGUGCAAAGUGAAUGAUGCAAUAAAAACAA